AUGAAUCGUGCUCGUAAACGAGAAUUGCGAGAGCUCAACAAACUCGCUUGGGAAGGCUCUAAAGAUGUGUUCAAAACGGCGAAAUCCCUUGAUUCAUCGCUCAAGAAAAACACAGCUGUGAUCAAGCGCCUCCGAACGUCCCUUACUGCCGACUCACUCGCAACACUUUUGAAGGAAAUACAGACAAUCUCACUCGAGAAAUAUCUUCCUGAGGUUAUAUCAGCUGUAUCCGAGGGCCUUCAGAAAACAAAGACUGCUUCCGACAUCACGGCCGCGGUGGAAGUUGUGUCGGCGUUGCAUCAACGUUUUCAGGCGGAUUUUACCCCACAACUUACCUUUGCGCUAGCGAAAGGACUUGCAACCCCGAGACCAGAUGUGCUCAAAGGAUUGACGGUGGAGCAAAAGGAAAGGGAGGAGAAGGAUAGAUUGGCUAGACAGAGAACCUUGCUAAGGGUAGGAGUUGAACUAUGGUUGGUCGGAGUCUUGAGAAGCGUACAGGAUGCUGUGAGCGUGGAUGAAGCCGGGCCUGCAAAGAACGGGGCGAAGGCUGCAGCAGCAAAUGUUUUGAAUAACGGCACGAAGAAGAAGGAGGAAGGAGGAGAGACCGAGGCGUUUCCGCUGGAGGUUUUGAAAGACCUUUUAGGAAGAGACCGGGAACAUAUCAAUCUCCCGCUAGUUGUCUUAUUUGUCAAGAACUUUUCCUACGAUGUCUUAGGCGUUAAACCGAGAAACCUUGCAAGAAAGGUUGUGGAGGAAGAUGGGGCAACAAUAACUUCAGAUUCUGCAAAGACCACCGGUGAUGCUGGAGACACAAACGGAACGGGUUCAGUUGAUCCUGAGGAUCCACCUCUGAUUACAGCUGAGCUCCAGCAACGCUUUAAGAAUAUUCUUGCCCGUUACCUGGAAUCUGUCAAAGCGCACAUUGUUCGGCAGCACAAGCAUCUUCAGACGCAAUUUGCUAAGAAUGCAGAAGCGUAUGUUAAAUCUGGGGAGAUUUUUGAAGACCGGCAAGCAAAUUACGAAAGACUGGUCAAGACAAAAGAAAAGUUUAUCGCCAAUGCACAGAUUGUGGCAGACGUCUUGGGACUGGAUAUGCCCGAUUUGCAAGAUGAGAAGGACGAAGAAGUGGCGGAUAGUAUAAUAAGAGAAGGUGGCAGCAUGUUCCCUGUCAGGGAAGAUGGAGGGAGGAACGGGAUGUGGGAGGAUGAGGAUCAGAGGAGAUUCUACGAAGACCUCAUCGAUCUCAAGGUCAGAGUUCCAGCAGUAUUGCUUGAUGAUGGAAAACGGAAAAAGUCAGACGCAGAGGGGAAGUCUGAAGGGGACAAAAAGAAGGACACAGAUGAUGAGGAGCCUGAAAAAGUAGAAACCGCUACUGAAGGCCUAGAGAGUCCUUCAUCUCCAACCGCCGGUGAGAGUAAAGCUGGAAACGAUGAAUUUAGUACCGCCAUUGCGAACAAAACUAUUGGCGCCCAGGUUGAUGCUCUACUCAUCCGCCUCCCUGAACUUACAAACCGUGAUCUCAUUGAUCAAGCAGCCGUGGACUUUUGCUUCCUUAAUUCUAAAGCUUCACGAAAUCGCCUUCUCAAAGUCCUGCAGGAUGUCCCCCGCGGCCGUCAGGAUCUUCUUCCAUAUUACUCCAGGUUGGUUGCAACUCUCAAUAGGUAUCUACCAGACGUCGGCAAGGGAAUUGUGGAAUACCUCGACAAAGAAUUUCGAUCCCUUCAGCGCCGCAAGGAAAAGGACCUGUUUGAAGUUCGUGCUAGCAACACCCGCUACCUAUCCGAGUUGACAAAGUUUGGGGUUGUACCUCAACAUGUUAUCUUCCAUUGUUUGAAGGUCGCCUUAGAAGACUUCCACAGGAUCAAUGUCAACGUUAUUUGUAGCACCCUUGAAAAUUGUGGAAGAUAUUUGCUUCGUAACCCGGAAACCAACCCAAGAAUGACUCAGUUCUUGGAAACUUUGAAGCGCAAGAAGGAUGGUGUGACCUAUUUAGGGCCCCAGGAACGAGUUGCAAUCGAAAACGCUUUUUACUAUGUUAAUCCGCCGGAGAGACCGGCGAUCGCACAAAAAGAGCGCAGUGUGGUUGAAUUGUUCGUCAGAAAACUCAUUUACCUUGAUCUAACGAAGCGGAACUAUGUCAAAAUUUUGAAACAAAUCCGAAAGCUUAAUUGGGACGAUAAAGAAGUGACCGAUUUGCUUUUUAAAGUUUUUACCAAGAUCUGGAAGGUUCGAUACAACAAUGUUCACAUUCUUGCUAUCCUCGUUGGCGCAAUUGGACGCUACCAUCAAGAAUUCGCAUAUGCGGUCGUUGAUGAAGUGCUUGAACAAAUAUCACUUGGGCUUGAGCAGAACAACUUCAAGCAUAACCAGAGAAGAGUUGCCCAGGUAAAGUAUCUGGGCGAGAUGUACACCUACAAGCUUAUCGAUUCUCCGGUGAUUUUUGAUGCUCUGUAUAGAAUGGUGACUUUUGGUCAUGAAAACGGGACUCCAAAGCCGGGUCAGGUUUGCAUGCUAGAUAUGCCAGAUGACUUUUUUAGAAUCAGGCUGGUUUGCACCUUGUUGGAUGUGUGCGGAAUGUUUUUCGAAAGAGGAAGCUCCAAAAAGAAGCUAGAUUUCUUCUUGACGUUCUUUCAGUACUACCUGUUUACAAAAGAUCCGCUACCAAUGGAUAUUGAGUUUAUUGUCCAGGAUACAUUCCAAGCUAUCCGCCCGACAUGGCCAAUUCCAACCACAGCCGAAGAGGCUGGUAAGGCCUUCGAAGAGGCAGUCGCUAAAAGCUAUAAGCCUGACGACAAAUCCAAUCCUGCCGAACCCGAAGAACCUGAAGAUGCCGAAUCCUCUGACGAGGGGGAACUCCGCGAGGGUGAAGACGAAGCCGAUGGUGUUUCGGAGGCUGAAGUAGAAGACGAGGAACCUCCAACCCCAGGCGUUCGCAUGGAAAGGCAAAACUCGGAAGAAUCUACGGGUUCUUCGAGCGAAGAUGAUGAAGAGGAAGAUAUUGUUGUGGAUAUGCAAAAAGAAACACGUGAUCCAGAGGCGGACGCGGAGUUUGAUAGGGAACUAGCAAAAAUGAUGCAAGAGUCUCUCGAUGCUCGCAAAUUCGAACGCAAGCCGUUGUUCGAUGUUCCACUGCCAAUCAAGCGCGCCGGCAGCACCUUGUCCAUGCUCAGUCGGGAGUCAACUUUCGAUAUUAACGAAGGCGGGGAUGCCAAUUUUGGUGCUGGUAGCAGUAGGUUGAGCUCUAUGAUUAGCUCUAGCCCCAAUAGCAGUAGUGGACCUGGCAUGAUGGCAUUCAGUCUCUUGACGAAGAAGGGGAAUAAGCAACAAACAAAGACUGUAGAAAUGCCAACUAACUCGAGCCUCGCGAUGGCAUUGUUGAACACACAGGAGCAGGAGAGGCAGGAGAAAAUGAAGAUCAAAGAAUUGGUCAUGAAUUAUGAUAGGAUGGAAGAAACUAGUGAGCUUGAUGCUUUGGAAAAACACGCGGCCGCCAAUGGUGUUCACCUAAAGUACGAAAAAGGGAAUAAUUAUGGCAAUACAAAUGGAGGCAGAGGUGGCACGCCGCAACGCGGCCGUAAACUUUCCAUGAACGACCUCAAUUGGGGUUAA